AUGCAAAUCGAAGUCUUCAAUGCGGCCGGAAAUGUUGUUCGUACCUACACAAACACUGGAACCACAUUAGCCGCCACUGUGUUCUGUAGGAACGGUGUGUGGACAGCACGAGUCGCUAGUGCCGGUACGGACCAGUUCGUUCCAAUCUCUUCGGUUUCCUGCGCUCAAGCUGGCUCCAGCGGCACCGACCUAGGCUACGUGAUCGGACAGUCUAUUAGCAAGUAA